AAAAGCGCGUUCGAAAUCAAAUACGAAUUUCGACAAUUGAAUAUAAUUAUUUCGAAUUUAAUAUAAACGUGUAAUAACGAAUUUUUGUAAAAGUGGCCAGUGUUAAAACGAUGGAUCGAUGAAAGAUUUUAUGUGUUCUUUUUGACAAGUCUGUGCCUUGUUAUAAAAACUUUUUGGGUCUCCAAAAGGCUGUGUUUUGUUUUGUUUCUUUCAAUAUGGGUGCCAUGAAUAUAUUAUACCUCAUACUGGUGCCGUGUGCGUGGUGUGUGGUACUGGCGUACCACGGCGAUGAUCUCCCGCCAGGACCGUAUUGUGGACUCACUGGGCAGUGCUGCAGUAACCGACAGGACUCCUGUUCUCACAAAAUACUUGAUUUUUCAGAUGUAGAGGUGAAAUCUAUAGAAGAAAAAAAUGCCGGAUAUUGCGUCUGCGAUGUUUCCCCUCUUACUGGAAACAUGGACUGGAUCUGCAGCAGCGACCCUUGCAUCAUCGAUGAAAGGAUCCUGGACGAAGUCAACCGAGGUUUUACCACUUGGAAAGCUGCUAACUAUUCGGAGUUUUACAACAAAAAGCUGAAAGACGGCAUCAUUUAUAAACUUGGUACCCUACCGCUAAGCGCCGAGACCCUACGAAUGUACCCCAUUCGUUACAAUAAAGAUAUCGAGUACCCUCGCCACUUCGACUCGAGGACUCGUUGGCCUGGAUUAAUAUCACCCAUAGUUGAUCAAGCCUGGUGCGGCUCUGAUUGGGCUGUAUCCAUUGCUGGUGUAGCAUCUGACCGCUUCGCCAUCCAAUCCAACGGUAUAGAAAACAUGGUGCUAAGUCCCCAGACCCUGGUUUCGUGCAACACUCGAGGUCAGCAAAGCUGUGAUGGUGGACACAUUGAUAUUGCUUGGAACUUCGCUAGAACUCACGGAUUAGUAGACGAAGCCUGCUUCCCCUACAAAGCCGCCAAGACACCAUGUCCCUUCAAGCGCCGCGGUGAUCUCAUUCAAGAUGGCUGCCGUCCGGUAGUGGCGAAACGAUUUUCGCGGUACAAAGUUGGAACUCCUGGUCUUCUACAGAAUGAGAGGGAUAUCAUGUAUGACAUUAUAGAGUCAGGACCUGUUCAAGCUAUAAUGACAGUUCGUCAGGACUUCUUCCACUACCGUCAAGGCGUCUAUCGCCACACGAACAUUGGUGACACCACGCUCCAGGGGCUUCACAGUGUCAGAAUCAUUGGCUGGGGUGAUGACAAUGGACUUCCUUACUGGAUCGUGGCCAAUAGCUGGGGACCUCAAUGGGGCGAGAACGGUUUCUUCCGCAUCGCUCGAGGAACUAACGAGUCCGGGAUUGAGUCUUUUGUCGUCACCGUGCUUGCUGAAGUCACCGAAGCAUAAUGACUCUAU